CUCGCUCGCUUUAAUCCCACAAUGCACUGCGCCGGCUCGCUCGGAACAUGGACCAAAGCGAUAACGAUCUCCAAGGAAGCGACGGCUCCGGGAGCUUAGGCGGUCCGGACGUCCGCAGGCGCAUCCCCAUCAAGCUCAUCUCCAAGCAGCCCCUGAGGAUCAAACCGCCUCCCCGCGUCCAGAGGCCCGGCAACAGGCCGCCGCUGAAAAGCGACGCGCCGGAAAAAGACGAUAACUUUGGCUUCAAGCAAGACAAGUUUGAAUUUGGUGGUAAAGCAGGAGAUGUGUUUGCUGCCCAGAGGAGAUACCCGCAGCCGCUGUUUUGGGACUAUAAGUUGAAUCUGAUCGGCGAGAGGGACGAAGUCCCGAUUCACUUCUGUGACAAAUGCGGGCUUCCUAUCCAGUUGUACGGACGCAUGAUUCCCUGCAAACACGUCUUCUGCUACGAGUGCGCUUUGCUGCAUGAGAAGAAAGGAGAGAAGAUGUGCCCUGGCCUGGCCACGUACAGCUGCAUGGACCCGGUGCAGCGCAUCGAGCAGUGCCAGCGCGGCUCGCUGUACAUGUGCAGCGUGGUGUCGGGCUGCAAGCGCACCUACCUGUCUCAGCGGGACCUCCAGGCCCACGUCAACCACCGCCACUUGAGGUCGGCCAAGUCGUCGUCGUCGGGCCGCCAGGAGCCCGUGCACCUGCCCCCGGCUUCCGAUGUCCCCGACCGCUUCCGCGUGCCCCCGCCCCACAUGACCAAGAACCACGUGCACCUGGCCAACCAGCACCCGCACGGCGGCCACGACCCGUACGGGCAGCCUCCGCCCCCGGGCCCUCACGACGGUCCCCCCGAGACGUACCGUAUCGCCACGGUGACCACGCGCAAACACAGCAACCUCAUCACCGUGCCCAUCCAGGACGACUCGUCCUCGGUCCCGCCGGGCCAGCCGCCCCACCACCGCCCGGGGGAGUAUCCCGGCCAGCCGCCCGUGGUGUCGCACGCCCACCGCAUGAUGGCGCCGCCGCCGCCGCAGCAGCACUUCGGGCCGCCGCCCCCGCCGCCGCCCAUCGGCCACCCCAUGCAGCACCCUCCCCAGGGCUCCGGGACGCCCCACAUGGUAUACAACCAGGCUCCGCCGCCCCCCAUGUCCGCAGCCCCGCCUCCGAUCACCCCGCCGCCGGGACACAUCAUGGCCCAAAUGCCGCCCUACAUGAACCACCCGCCCCCGGGACCUCCACCCCAACACAGCGGACCCCCUGUAAAUGCGCCCCCUCCUCAUCACUACAAUCCCAAUUCCAUGCAGCAGUUUCCCGAAGACCAGGGCACCCUCAGCCCGCCGUUCAACCAACCGGGAGGUCUGAGUCCCGGAAUGUGGCCCGCUCCGAGGGGGCCGCCCCCUCCGCGGAUGCAGGGUCCCCCGCCUGGGCCCGGGCCCCACCACCCGGACCAGGGCCGCUACCGACCUUAUUAUCAGUAAUUUGCUAUCCGAAUGACUGGGAUGUAGGCUUGGAAAAUUUUCUGUUCAAAUUUCCAUGGAAAUAUUUGGAAAUAGUCCUAAUUGGAAACUU